ACUUUAAAAAAUAUAUAUAGCAUAAAAGGGUUAGUGUUUAAAUUACAAACAAAUGAAUCUAUUUAGACCGCGAACAGAAAACAAACCGCAGUGAAAUUUCAAAGCUGCAGGACACAGAGCAAAGUGUAUUGUCAGAAAUAUGAUGGAGGAUUUCUCUGGUUUGGCUUUGCCUCCUCUGUUUGGAGGACACAUCUUAGAGGCAGAGUUGGAGCCGGGAGGUGUAGAGUUGGGAUCUGGAGAGGUGGAGCUCGGCCCAGGAGGCAAUGAGCUGCUUGGGAGCACAGUGCAAGAAGAUGAAGACAGUAGAGCGCUGCAUAAGAAGAAAUACCUGGCACUGAGCAGGAGGUGUAAAGAAAUUGAGCAGGUAAACCAAAAAUUGUUAGGCCGCCUUCACCAAGUACAGAGAAUUACACGGCGUUUGAAGAAAGAACGACGGUUUCUGAUGAAGACGUUAGAUUCACAUGGGGAUGAUUAUAGAAAUGCACAGCUCACUAUAUUUCUUGAGGAUGAACCUGGAGCUCAGUCAGAGGCUGCAGCUGGACUAGAAGAUGACCUCCUCAAUGGUGUCUCUGCUUCUGCCUCGUCCACAGCUUUACAUCACACUGCUGGACCAAAAAAGAGGAGACACAGAAUUCCCAAGCUAGAAAAGGACAAAGAGCCGCAGACUGAACCAGACCUGUCGGUGUUGGCAGACACACAGUUUGGAGAAAUGCCCAGCCCAGCCUCUCUAUCUCACUGAACAUUGCACUGUCCUGGAUCUGAUACUGACGAAUCCAGUUUCUGUUUCAGGUCAUGUGACCCUGUGAAAGUCCAGGUUUUGGACUUAUUUCUCUAAUUUAAUUUAAACCUUGUGUACAGAUGCGUCUAAAUCGAAUGUAGAAUUUAACUUUGUAGACUUGUACGUGCAUGUACAUUUUAUGUACAUAGUAGUUUAUACUUUUAUGAUUUGUAUUGCGAUACGAGGCAUCAUAUUUUCAUAACCACCGGUAGGACGAUACAAGUUUGUCAUUGUUUGGUAGAAUUCUGCUGAUCUACGCUUAAUUAAAGAAGGAAAAACAAACAAAAUCUUUUGUAACCCGAUUUAUCGCCCUGGAUUGAUUUAGAAAAACAUCAUUGUUAGACUUUGAUAAUGUUAAAUAAAGAACAAAUGAAGUUGUUUAACAAAUGGACUUUAAAUGUUAAGCAGUGAAGAACGUGCUGUUUUUUGGUUCAUGGUAAAACCUUGUUUUCUGUAAACACAGUUUGACCGACGGUGGGUAAAUAGGAUGCUACGGUCAUUUUGUUGUUUGUUAAGGUAAAUAUUUUUCUCUCCAAAACAACAAGUAAUGGAUUUGUCUUUAAAGACCAGUAAUUGUGGACUCAGUAUAAGAAAUACAUCGUAUGUGUUUUGGGUCACCAUCACACCAGGUUAGGGUCGGCUUAAAAUAGCAUUAAGUGAAAUAGGAUUUUAUUUAUAGAUGAAGAUUUUUUGAUGGUCUGACCUUCUCCCCACUGCACACCAGUGCACUUUUGACCAGGGUAUCAAAGAUGACGUGAGGGUAACUGUUGUUUUAUUAUUUUUAUUAUUGACAUUUUGUCCAAAAAAAUCCUGAAUUCAUGGCCACGAGUUGGAGUUUGCUUUUUUUUUUUUUAAAUUUACUUCCUCCAUUCACUGUCUUUUUACACUCAGUGUACUAUAUUUACAUGAUAAAUAAAAGAAUCAGAUAUAA